UUUGCACCUAGAACGGUUUUUGGUACCUAGCUUGAUGGAAGCGUUUGCGCUACGUUUGCUUUCGAUGAGAAUAAACAAGAGUUCAAUACACACACCAAUACAAUAAACCGUGCAUCUGUUUGUGCGACGUUGCUAUCGGCUUAGAUUAUUGAAACAGAUAUCCAACUCAACCAACAAUACGGGCAACAAAAAUGUGGCGCCCCUCCGAGUAUGAUGGCGAUUGGGUGAACUACAUUUAAUGAGCACACACAGAAAAAUAUUAAGGAUAAAUCGACAAUCAACAAAAAAAAGUACUUAAACACUUUGCUUCAAAAUGCGGCGAGAGCGAUUUAAAUUGUUACUGAAAGAGAAUCUUCUAACACUACUCACCAUUACCGGUGUUAUUGGUGGAAUUGCCUUGGGUAUUGGACUACGAGAAAUCCCUGCCGAGGGAGGAAAAUGGACUCCGCGAGAAGUCGCGUAUAUAAAUUUUGUUGGAGACAUAUUCCUACGAAUGCUCAAAGCUUUGAUUCUUCCUCUUAUUAUUACGUCAUUGAUAUCCGCGGUUGGAUGUCUGGAUUUAUCGCUAUCCGGGAAAAUUGGUGGCAGAGCUGUACUUUAUUAUAUUACAACAACGAUUAUGGCAGUUAUUUUGGGGAUUAUUUUAGUGGUGACAAUUCAACCGGGCAAAGGAGCAGAAGCAACCAGCACAGAAGUAACGGGCGAAACGAGAAAUGUUACUACAACAGACACACUGCUUGAUUUGGUUCGAAAUAUGUUUCCUCCGAAUUUGGUACAAGCAUGUCUUCAACAGUUUCAAACUGUCUUAGUCCCUCCGAAACACAAUCCUCAUGAGCAAGAUCUAAAUUUGUGGUCCGUUAGUGGAAAAUAUACUGAUGGGAUGAAUAUCAUCGGCUUGGUGGUUGCAGCGAUUGUUUUCGGAAUAGCUUUAAGUUCACUGAAAGAAGAGGUACAAGUGGUAUUAAAGUUUUUCCAGCAGUUAUCUCAUACUGUAAUGAAAGUCACCGGAUGGGUUAUUUGGUUAUCACCACUUGGAGUACUGUUUUUAAUAACUGCCAAACUUUUGGAAAUGGAUGAUCUUGGUGUUGUUUUUGGGAAACUAGGGUUGUAUUUUGCCGUAACCGCUGGAGGAAUCCUGUUCCACGGCUUUGUAAUAUUGCCAAGUAUAUUAUUCAUUUUAACUCGGAAAAACCCCGCACGAUUUAUUGCCAAUAUGGGGCAAGCUAUAGCUACUGCCUUUGGGACAUCAUCCAGUUCGGCUACGUUGCCUGUUACGAUGCAGUGUUUGGAAGAAAAAAAUCAUAUUGAUCCUCGAGUCUCUCGAUUCGUUUUACCAAUAGGAGCAACAAUUAAUAUGGAUGGUACAGCGCUCUAUGAAGCAGUAGCAGCUAUCUUCAUUGCACAAUUGAGGGGUCUCCCGUUAUCGUUCGGCGACAUAGUUGCUAUAAGUAUUACUGCGACUGCAGCUAGUAUAGGAGCGGCAGGCAUUCCUCAAGCUGGACUGGUUACAUUAGUUAUGGUGUUGGAUACGGUUGGACUGCCGGCCGAGGAUGUUUCGCUUAUUAUUGCUGUUGACUGGUUGCUGGAUCGGUUCCGAACGGUAGUGAAUGUUCUCGGUGAUAGUUUUGGUGCGGCCAUAGUAGCACACUACAGCCAGAAAGAGCUUGCUGCUAUCCCACCUAGAGAAGAAGCUCAAAAAGUUCCGCGAAAUUCAAUGGGAAAUAGUGCAGAAACUGUUCUUUUUGAAGAGAGGCUAUGAUAUUGUUUUGUAAAUAAUUGUAUUUAAUCGUUUAUUAAUAUGUUUCGACAAUGAAAAUAAACGGUCUCACUAACAAACUGGAA